CACCCACCGCUCCAUUCAUAACUUCGUCAAGCAACGCAAGACAACGAAAACUCAAACUCUUCCUCUCCUCCAAUCAAAUUUCAAAGAUUUUAAAAAUGACUUCCAUCUCAUCCUCAUCCUUCACUUGCUCCUCCCCUCUUUUCUCCGCCGCAGGAUUUGCCAACGACAGCCUUCGUUCUCCUCCCUCUUCUAUCACAUACCGUCCGCUUCGCGUCUCCGCCUCCUGCACAUCCACCGUCGACAGGCCACGCACCCGUACUGGAUCAAGCUCCUCACUCUACGAGGUACUCGGGAUUCACACAAGCGCCACGUGUCAGGAGAUCAAGUCUGCUUACCGUAAGUUAGCGAGAGUCGUACACCCGGACGUUGCCACUGACGGUCAAACAUCGGCGGACGAGUUCAUGAAAGUCCACGAAGCUUACUCCACUCUGUCUGAUGCCCAAAAGCGCGCGGAUUACGACCGCAUGAUGUUGAUCAGUCGGCCACGCUCUUCUUAUUCGUACGCAACAACAAUGUCAGCGUCGGCAGCUGGCCGGAGAUGGGAAACCGACCAGUGCUGGUAGAUUGCAGACAUUUACAUAUGGAUAAAUCAUUAAUUAGCACAAGCUAAUUAAUUUCAUCAGGGGAAAUUAAUCAACUGGAAAGGCUGCAGCGGUGCCUGUCCGUUUGAUGUGAUGUGACAAACUGCUAGCUAGCCUCGUGCGUUUGUGUGUACAUAAAAUAUAGUGAUCAAUGUCUAGCUAAGAUCCUUUUACUGUAAGCUGAAGGCGCCAUUUUUUACAGCCUGAAAAUUCUGGGUAUUUGUAUUCCCCCAAUUUCAUAUCAGCUUGUAACUUGUAAGAUCUACUUUUGGGAUGGAUCAUUUUUAUAAAGAUCAGUUUAUUUUUAUAUUUUCAA